UCGCUGCGCCAUAUUGCGGAGUAUUUGGGUUUGUCCUGCAUUAAACAAUUCUACCGCACUGUCUUUGUUCACCCCUUUAUAAUGGACGUGUUGAUCGCUUUACAGGCAAACGUUUGGCCUGUAUUUAUUACUGCUGCUGUUUUAUUUUUAAUAUGGAAGAGUCGCGGUAAAGAAAAUCAGCCUAAGUUUGGAAGACUGCCUCCGGGUCCCGCUCCUGCACCUGUGGUUGGGAAUUUUUUUCAGAUUAAUGUAAAGGAACCGUACAAGUAUUACCUUGAGCUCAGUAAAAAGCAUGGAUCUGUUUUCACCCUUUGGUUUGGAAACAGUCCUGUUGUGGUGAUCUCUGGAUACUGUGCCCUGAAAGACACCAUGAUUGGCAUGGGUAAUGAGUUUAGUGGCAGGGCAAACUACCCCCUUUUAAUGAAGGUCACUAAUGGAUAUGGUGUUUUGGUCAGCAGUGGGGAAAGAUGGAAGCAACUUCGGCGGUUCUCUCUGUCAACCCUGAAACACUUUGGUAUGGGUCGGCACACCAUCGAGGACAAGGUGAAGGAGGAAGCCAGCUGUCUUGUGCAAACUAUUGGUACAUUUGGAGACUCUACGUUCAAUCCAAGACACUUGAUAAAUAAAGCAAUUGGUAAUGUUAUCUGCUCAAUCAUGUUUGGGCAGAGAUUUGAAACCGAUGAGCCACAGUUUAAACUUAUGAUUGAAGCUGUUGAUGAUUACUUCAGCAUUCUAAGUAGUCCACUUGGGCAGGCCUAUAAUAUUUUUCCCAGAAUUGUGGGCCUUUUUCCUGGACAGCUCCAUGACAUGUUUUCAAAAGUGGAAAAGGUCAAAGGUUUAUUUAAGCUUGAAGCAGAGGCACGGAUGAAGACCUUGGAUCCCUCUUCACCCCCUAAAGAUUUCAUUGAGGCUUUUCUUUUACAAAUGGAAGCGGAGAAACAUAACCCUAAUACAGAAUUUCAUUUGAAUAACCUGUUGAACACAACAUGGAACAUGUUUAAUGCUGCCAUUGAGACUACCUCUUCUACAAUCAGACAGAGUCUGCUGCUAAUGAUGAAGCACCCAAAUAUCCAAGUACGAGUCCAGAAGGAGAUUGAUGAGGUGGUGGGGCGAGACCGGUGCCCUUCCAUCAGUGACAGACAGAACAUGCCAUAUACAGAUGCAGUCAUUCAUGAAGUUCAGCGCAACAUGGAUAUUGCUCCUACUGCUAUUCCACAUAAAAUGUUUAAUGAUACUGAGUAUAAGAACUAUCUCAUUCCCAAGGGAACCAUGGUUCUUCCUUUGCUGUCUUCUGUGCUUUCUGACCCUGAGCUAUGGAAAAACCCUGACAAUUUUGACCCAGAGAACUUCCUGGAUGAAGAGGGACAAUUCAAAAGAAGUGAUGCAUUUGUUGUGUUUGGAAUGGGGAAGCGGGCCUGUUUGGGUGAAGCUCUGGCCCGAGUGGAACUCUUCAUUAUGUUCACUUCCCUCCUUCAGCGCUUCACCUUCAGGGCCACUCGGCCACUUGAAGAGAUUGACACCACUCCUGCCGUUUGCAGCUUUGGCCGUAUACCUCGUUUCUAUGAGUGCUAUGCUGUGCAUAGGACAUAAACAGCCAACAGCUCCCAACCCCGCUUACAGCUACAAACAAUCAAGCAUAGAUUCUCACAGGGUCUUCAUACUUGCAUGUAAUGUGAGCAUGUCCACAUGAGGGCAGUGUCACCCUGAACUAUGCAUGAAUUUAUAUAUUUUAUAGUAAAAAAUUAUGAACUUUCUGAUUCAUUAUGAUUAUAGAUAUUCUGCAUAUGUAUGUAUUCAGAUCUCAUUUUAAUUCUAAGUAUCUUAUAGUUUAAAGGAAGUUAAAUUGAACACUAUUACUUGCAUUUCUAGCCUUUCCAUUACUAACAUUUUUAACCUGACUGUUUGCAAACUUGGGCUUGGAAACAAACCUGAGAACUUUCUCAAUAAAAAGUCAUUACAUAAUCCA